UGUUAUCUUUAGCUUGAAUGUUAGUGAGUUUGCAUUGUCAGAAAGACAUUGAGCUAGCAUUAUGUUAGGCUACGAACCGGUUCGGCUAGCUGGUUGGUAACUGUGUUUACUAAUAAUUAGGUAAACAGUUAAUAUAAACAGUUGUAGCUAAGUUGGGCAGAAUGGAUACAAAUGUACAGAAAAGAAGGGAAAAUAAGAAAUCAUUACGGAUUAAAGUUAUCAGCCUCGGGAAUGCAGAGGUUGGCAAGAGUUGCAUCAUCAAACGCUACUGUGAGAAACGCUUUGUACCCAAAUACCUUGCCACAAUCGGUAUCGAUUAUGGCGUGACAAAGGUUCAAGUGCGAGACAGAGAAAUAAAAGUAAACAUUUUUGACAUGGCAGGACAUCCCUUCUUCUAUGAGGUACGCAAUGAGUUCUACAAAGACUCCCAGGGAGUGAUUCUGGUGUAUGACGUGGGUCUGAGGGAGAGCUUUGACGCCCUGGACAGCUGGCUUACAGAGAUGAAGCAAGAGAUGGGCUCCCAAGCGAACAUGGAGAGCAUCAUUUUUGUUGUGUGCGCCAACAAGGUUGAUUUGGUUAAAAGGCGUGUGGUGGAUGAGAGUGAAGGCAGAUUGUGGGCAGAGAGCCGAGGUUUUCAGUACUUUGAGACAUCCGCUCAGAGUGGUGAAGGCAUCAGUGAAAUGUUUCAGGCAUUUUUUUCUUCUAUAACUGAUAUGUGUGAGAAUGGAGGAAAGAGGCCAAACCCAGAGGUCAGCGUAGGCUUCACCAAAGAACAAGCCGACACUAUUAGGCGUAUCCGCAACAGCAAAGACAGCUGGGACAUGCUGGGAGUAAAGCCUGGAGCAACAAGGGAAGAAGUGAACAAGGCGUACAGAAAGCUUGCUGUUCUGCUGCAUCCAGAUAAGUGUGUAGCACCAGGCAGCGAGGACGCCUUCAAGGCUGUGGUCAAUGCUCGGACAUCCCUGCUCAAGAAUAUUAAGUAGGCAAGAAUAUUGAAGGCAAAGACGCCACACAGGUCUUUCUCUUUCUGAACUUUGUCCAAUGAACGAUUUAAAACGG